UCGACGAAGACUUCCGCUUUUUUGUGUUUGUCCGGGAGUUUUAAUUUAGUUUUUUAUGAUUGUUUUGUUUGUUUAUAGUCAAGUGCCUAAGUACUGCUGAUGUCAGAAUGCCAGAAAUAAAAAUACAACACGUUGUGUCCUGCAGUAGCGAAGACAAGAAUAAUCCCGCUGACAAUCUGAAGAAACCAGAAGGCAGUUACAAGUGGAAGUGUGCAGCACCGGGGGAGAAGAGUAUAUCAGUGGUCCUACAGUUUGAGAAGGCGUGUCAGAUCAGUGCAAUUGAUAUCGGCAAUGAAGGGUCGGCAUUUGUCGAAGUUCUUGUUGGUAAAUCUACAGCCAGCGGAGAUCAAGAUUACCAGGUAAUUUUAGUUGCAUCAUCCUUCAUGAGUCCAUUAGAGAGUCGAAAUGGAACAAACAGGAACUCGGUUCGAAUCUUUGGUGCCGACAAGCUAUCGAAGAUGGUGGCCAGCGAGAAAUGGGAUCGUGUGAAAAUUGUUUGUACACAACAAUUUAAUAAGACAUCACAGUUUGGUCUAUCUUUCAUCAAGUUCCAUUCUCCAUCUGACGGCAAGGAAGGGGAGACAAAACCGGCUGGACAGCAGACGCUAGGAGCUUUCCGUCUGAAGUCUGAAUCAGGAGAUGAUAUCCCAGUCGGGACUCUGUUUGCUCACCGUAAAGAGAAGACGGAACCAACGCCGCUGAAAGGUGCUGCUGCUGUGAGGGCUGCCUCUAAGCUUGCCGAAGAUUCCAAACCAGCGACUCCAAAACCAUCUGUGACGUUGAAACCAUCGGUACCAUCAAGUCGUUCUGCCGAGACGAAACCCAGUCCAGCAAAACGUAAGCACAAUGUGAGCAGUGACGAAGAAGAAGCGCCAGCCCCGGCCAUGAAGACGCCAUUACGUAAACAGUCGACCAGCAUCAGUUCGACAUCCACAACGUCCAGCAGACACAGUCACGAAACACCACCGCCACUCAAGAAAACUAAAUCCGAACCGCCGAAACCAUCACCAUCGAAGGAAUUCUCUAAACUGAUGGAGAACGUUGUGUUUGUCAUCAGCGGAUUCCAAAAUCCGUAUCGAGGAGAGAUUCGGGAGAAAGCGCUUGAGAUGGGGGCGAAAUAUCGACCUGACUGGGGGCGUGGAUGUACGCAUCUCAUAUGUGCGUUUGCCAACACACCGAAAUACAAUCAGGUUCAGGGAAAGGGAAUUAUCGUCAAGAAAGACUGGAUCACCGACUCCUUCAAACACAAGAGACUGUUGCCAUGGAGAAAGUAUCGUCUUGGCGACGCCGACUCACCCAGUGAAAGUUCAGAAGACGAGGCUCCAGUAACACCCGUUAGUCAGAAGCCAGUGAAGCGAGCAGAUUCGACGUCAUCAAAAGGAUCGGCCAGCAAACUAAAGACGCAGACUUCAAAAGCUAGUUAUGGAGGUGAGACAGACAGUGGUGAGGACACAGAGGAUGAAAUAAGAAGGGCGAAGGAAAGAGUUGCAAAACAGGAAGCGAAAGAGGCAACACCACCGGCCCCUAAAACAAAGGGAGACAAUCCGUACGGUGAUUCGACUGAUGAAGAUGAGCCGAAGAAAGGCUCGACUAAAGAUGACAGUUCUGACUCCGGAUUACCGGACCUUCCCGAUUUCUUUGCUGACAAAGUUUUCAUGUUUUAUGGAGAUUUUCCCACUCAGGAGAAGAGACUGCUAACGAGAUAUAUCGCUGCAUAUGAUGGGACAACUUCUGAUUACAUGUCGGACAAAGUUAGCUACGUGGUAACCCAACAAUCCUGGGAUGACAAUUUUGAAGAGGCAUUGUCUGAAAAUCCCAACUUGGUGUUUGUGAAGCCCAAAUGGAUCAGAAUAUGCCAUGAGAAAACCAAGAUGGUGCCGCACCAGCCGUUCAUCGUCGUACCCAAGUGAGGUGGGAGACUGCAGAUCCGAGAAUAUCUUUAACAUACUGACGGAAAGAAAUGGGCGAUCACACCAACACCAACAGUAAACAGUGACUGCAACCAGAUCCCUCAUCUAUAUUAGUCACAAAGUCAACUGAGACUUAUGAAAAUUGCAAGAACAAUCGUUUCGUUCGUGUUUCAUUCAUGCAAAUCUAAUUUAGCGUAAUCUAUUUUCUGUCAGCACAUUAAAUUUAGGACAUUAUUUACAAGGACAUUUUUAUUGGCCUGCUAUUAAAAAAACAAAACAAAAAAACCAGCUUGAACUUUUGUGUUUGGGUUACGCAAAUAUUAAAUUCUCAGAGAUCUGGAACUGUGUUACCGACACUCAAUCCCACAUCGAGGCUGGCUCGGGCUCUCGACAAAUACGCAAAUUAAGAAUUUUGAAAACAAUUGUCAAAUUUUAUUUUAAAAUGACGAAAUAAUUUUAUAUAAUAAUUGACAUUUUGUUAGAAAAUAACUUUUUUUUACUAAUUUUUUUACGUUUGAUAGAUAACUUUUCGGAUAAUUUUUAGAAAUGUUCUGCUCACCCAGAGAUAGCCCUGCACAUUACUGACCUUCACAGAGCCCUCAAAAGUACCCGGUCUCCGGCGGCAAAUCACUGCCUGAAACAGCUUUUGCCGCCGCCUACUUUUCGUUGAUGGUAAAAAAAAAAGUGCUUUCUCUUCUUUAAGUCUCCUAAAAUUGUUCAGUUGCUGCAUUUAAAGGAUGGUGACUGAUUUGCGCUAACAGAGGCCAUGAGAAUGCAUCUCAGAGGUUCGAUUUUUCAAAUGUUUCUUGGAGAGGGCCCCCAGACCCCCCGCUUUGCCCCCUACUAUCAUCACUGUCGUAGCCUGCUACUUCUUAAACUAUUGAGGGUGCUGCCUUCAGUCGAACAUCACGUCUUGGUAUUUUAUACAGACAUUAUAGAUGACAAAAUCUGGUGCCACAAACACUUCACUGGAGAUCAAGUGCAGACAGGAUCCAAGCCGAUGUAUUGAGCUAAGUCCAUAUUUUCAAAGCUAUCUUAGCAUUACGAUAUUGUAAAAAUGCUGUGGUGAGUGUCGUAGUGACGUCAUAGUUUAUGACGGUUUAAUGAUAUUGUAGCAGGGUACAAUAUAUCAUGAGAACUGUUGUUCUGUUGAGCAACUUUAAAAUCACGAGAACCGCCAACGUGGUGAACAAAUUACGUCCUAAAAUUAAAAGUAUCCUAUAUGAGUAAUGAAAGUGAAAAUCAUUUUAUGUUUUUAAAUGCAUUUAAACCACCAAUGUAGCACCGAACCGUAGUUAAGUUUUUAGGAUUAGGUAGGUCUAACUUGUCGGUUACAAGAACUAUAAUCACAUAACCUAAGUAAAACUCGCGAGAACAGACUUCCGAAUACCUAAGAUUUUGAAAUAUUAUCACCUGUUUUAGUACCAAGAUAGCUUUGAAACUCAGGAGCCGGAAUACUAAAACAAAGUCUAUAAAAUGGUAUAAAGUAUAUUAAAUUUAUCACAAUAUUCCUAUUUUAAAAAGGUUUUUAAGACCAAUUUAAUAUGUUUUAUACAAACAUGAUGAUGUUAAUAGUGAAUUAAAUUUAGUCUGUA